AUGAUUAAAAUCGAUAACUUAUCACCUUCAAAAAUGGAUGAUAUUGAAAGUACGUCUGACGAUGAAGAUGAUAAUUUGACAUAUGAACAACAAAGAGAAAAAAGAAUGAAAAAAAAUGAAGAAAUGUUGGAUAUACUUGGUGUAAAUCAGGCUGCAAAAACAUUGGUUAAUUGCUUACAAAAACAGACACCAGUUAAAAAGUCUAAACCUAAAAAUACAAGCUUAAAACCUGAGAGACGUUCAUUGAGAAUAGCUAAUUUGCCUGCAUCUGAAGAUUAUCAUCUCCCUGGGGAAUCUGAAUUAAAAUCUAACAAUUCUGAAAGUUCUAAGAAAUAUGAUUCUUAUGAAACUAAUUUUAAAGAUCAAAGAUCUAUAUCAAUACCAGAAGAAGACUCUGAUUUUGUUGAAAAACUGAAUGAUGACUUAGCCAUUAAAGAAGCUGUUAAAGAUUUUCAUCUGUUACCAAGUCAUAAAUUUGUUCAUGUGUUAAAAAGUCUGGAUAUGUAUACACCAUCACUAAAAGUGUGUGAAAAACGUAUCUACUCUCUUGCAAUUCAUCCAUCGGAAACUUCUUUGAUAGUUGCAGCAGGGGACCUGAGAGGAAACAUAUCAUUGUACAACAAUAGAAAUUCAGAAAUGCGCGAGUAUAGACUUCAUGAUGCUCCUGUUAAUUGCAUUUCAUUUUGCACUUGGGAUCCACACAAGUUGUUUUCAACUAGUCAUGAUGGGUCGGCCAGAUGUGGUGACAUUGUUAAACGAACUUUUGAUGUUAUCUAUAAGACAGACUGGAAGGGUCAAAGUAAAUCAAAAAUGAACCAUGCCACAUGGCACACUGAAUUUGAAAGAAAUCUUCUCAUAGGAAAUGGUUCUGGUCAUGUAGAUUUGGUUGACACACGAACACCAGAUAAAAUUAUUAACACUGCCUGGUGCCAUGAAAGAUCUGUGCGUACAGUUCAAUGCCACCCAUUGGAAAAACAUCACUUUUUAACUUCAUCUGGAAUUGGAGAAGUUUCCUUGUGGGACAUAAGAAAUAUGACUGACCAAUCAAUUAAUCCAGUUUUACAAUUUGAGCAUCCUAAAUCAUUGACAAGUGCAUUUUUUUCUGCCUCUGGUACUAAGAUGGUGUCAACAUGUAACGAUGACAACAUUAGAAUCUUUAAUACUGAUAGAUUAAAUUCAAGUGCUACAAAACCCAUAAACAUUAUUCCACAUAACAAUCAUACAGGACGUUGGCUUUCUGUAUUUAAAGCUAAAUGGAAUCCUGGAAGAGAUAAUGAAUUCUUCGUUGGAUCAAUGCUAUCACCAAAAAGAAUACAAGUUUAUAAUUGUGCCGGACAUGUAUUGCACAAUCUGAUGUCUACAGAUAUGACUACAUAUUGUUCAGUCAUAGAAGUACAUCCCACUCAGGCUAUUUAUGUCGGAGGAAAUGGAUCUGGUCGUUUGCAUAUAUUUAGCACCAAGGAACAACUAACAUAA